CCCAAUUAUCGCAACCACAAAAAUACUCCCUAAGUAUCAGAUUUACGCCAAAGGAAUAUCAUCAGCUCAGCUCGAAAAUGUCGACUGAUGUCUACCGACCGCCCAAACGUGCCCGUCAAGCCUGUGAUCCAUGCCGGCGAAAAAAGUCUCGAUGUCCAGGCGAGAGACCAGUCUGCUCGUACUGCGAUAGGCUGGGACAACAAUGCGUGUAUUCUGACUCUGGAGAAUUAGGCCCUGGCGCCACUGAAAUGGCGAGGCGGUUGGAAAAUGUAGAGGGGAGGUUGGAGGAAUUGAUAAGUAGCUUGAGAGCCGAUGCUAAUAUAGGUUAUAGUAGUUCUAGACAGACCAUGACGCCGGUGACUGUUCAAAUGGACUCAAUUUUGAGAGCUGCUCAACUGUAUAUCAGCUUUUGUAAUUACCAACCCCUUCCUUUAUUUGAUCCAGAGGACUUCGUCGAAACUAUCGCCACUCGGGAUCCGGAACUUAUCCUUGCAAUCCAGGCGAUCAGUCUGCGGUUCGAACGCGAAGUAGAAGUUGGGGAAGCACAUAUUCUUGAAUAUGCCAGAAAUGCGCGCUCCCUGGUUAUGGAUCGGAUCAACAGUGGGGACUUGGAGCUCUCAACUUUACAGACGCUUUGCCUAUUAGCUAUGUUCGAGUUUUCAGUGGGACAUACCAUACAGGCAGGGUUGACAUUGAACAUAGCGGCCUAUCUCGCACAAAGCGUCAACACCAAUGGUGAGAUUCUGACCAACAUCCAAACAGAUGCGGACGAAAAGCGUCGCUGUUCUUGGAGUAUUUAUAUGUUACGACAUCUUCAAGGGGACGGGAUUCAAACAAGUCGACUUAUAUCAGGCGUUCACACGCCCUUCAACACCGGGUCGGGAUUAUCGCCGAAAUACACUCCACCGUCAAUCAGAGAACCACGAGGAUCUAAUACAAAGGAGGACCUUGGCCUCGUCUCCUACACUAUUCAACUGAGUGAGGUGUGGGCUCUGGCGAUGAACUAUGCUGCCACCAAGGUUGAUCCAGUCUCUCUUCCUCCCUGGUUCCCUGAAUCCGAUUACUCUGUAGUUUCCUUUCGACAUACUGAGUUCGAUAGUCUUGUCCCACUAAAAUACCGGUACCACGCAGAGAAUUUACAAAACCACAGUUUACAGGAACUAAAUGAGCGUCGUGAUUUUUGGGGUCCCUGGCUUUUUGUCCAGAUUAUGUUCGAAACGAUUCCCUGCUUACUGAAUCACCCAUUCCUGCUAUCGAUGAGAUUACGAAGCUUCAGGCAUACCAUGCCCCACUCUUUCAUUCGGCAGUCGUUUGAGAACAUUACCCUUCACGCGAGUUGGAUUCUUCACAUAAUUGACCUUGUAGAGCAUAAGGGGUUUGAGAUCUGCGAUCCGAUCUUGGCCCAUUGUGUAGUUAUUGUUGCCACAAUACAUCUCCAACAUAGCUUUGUCGACGACCAAGGGUUGCGAGAUACAGCGAGAAACGGCUAUAAUAAAUGUGUGCGUUUUCUCCAGCCAUUGGGGGAGCGAUGGCCCCAUGUCAGAAAUAUGAUGCAAAAACUACAUCGCUUACGGGAAGGCGUUUCCACGAGCACAAACAGCCAGUCAUGGUCCAAUAACGCAAAACUUUUGUGGGAAUUACUGGUCUAUGAUCGGGCCAGCAGCUCCCAAUCUACUGGUGAUUUCUUAGGAGCAACACUAUCCGACCCUAAUGCCAAGCAUACAGCCUCUAGCUUCAUGACUCCGGAUCCAGAUUUUCCUCUCGUUGGGUCAGCAGGGAUAUCUGGCCACAAGACAGUGGCCAAAGAAGUCGUUGCGUAUCCACCGGAGUCUGUUUCGACUCCACCGGCCUCUUUUACAUCUGGGCCGGAUAUGCACCAGGCUCCAUCUGCGGAGCCUUUCGGUUUGAUCGGGACACCGGCGGAAGGGAUGCUGAAUGAUAAUCUGUUUUUGGCACCGGAGAGCUACGGAAGGGCUAUUGAGGAUUGGUGGAACUUCACUUCUUCGUAG